GCCCGCUCCGCUAUAUUUACUCCGCGUUACUGACCGGCGAUUCUUUCAUUCCGUUGCUGUUCGAGUUCUUAUUGAGAAUUUCAGAUCGUCUUUUCUUGUUCCUCUUCCUUCGCGAGUCUUGAUCGAUGGGGGAGGAGGCGGAGAGAGGGCGUCCGACGGAGGUGAUGAGGCAGGGGACCGCGUUUUUUCCUCUCUUUGUCGGUGUGGUUCGCGACGGCGACACAGUGGCGGAUCCGGUGCGGCUCGUCAUCUUCAACCCGAUCGCUCGCGGGAUUGUCGUCCUCCCGGGCGAUCCGGAGGUGAUAUCCACUCUGAUGUCUUCAGAUCCGGCGACCGACGGUCCCUCGCCAGCUUCCAAGGCGUCGAUCGAGGCCCUUAGGGUUGUGGAUCUGGAGGAAAACGGCGGUGCGGAGGAGGAGUGCUCGGUGUGCCUGGACGGUUUGUGGAGACGCGAGGCUGCGCCGCCUGUGGAGGAGGUGGUGAGGGAGAUGCCGUGCGGGCAUCGAUUCCACAGUGGGUGCGUCGAGAAGUGGCUAGGGAUGCACGGAUCGUGUCCGCUCUGCAGGUAUCUGAUGCCGGUGGCGGAAGAGGAGCCGAAGAAGGUCGUAGGAGAUGAGAGGGCAAGAGCCAGAGAGUUGGUUGUGACCAUAGCAUUUGAACGAAGGGAAGGAGAUGCUAGUCAACAGCAGCAACAGCCAGAACAGAGGGAAGCUGAAUGAGGUGUGAAUAGAAUUCACAGUGAUUGGAUUUCUUUUUCUUUUUUUUUGUUGUUGUUCAAAGUGAAAUUUUCUACUGAUUUCAGCUUGUGCAUUGAAAUUUGUUUUUCUUAAUUAAGAAUUGUUCGAUUCUUCUUGUCAAUGAAUACUCUGAUAUCUAUCUGCCAAUUUACCACUUACAAUGCGAAUAUUGAUCAUCUAAGUUCUCAGUUA